GCCUAGUGAUGUCAAGCGCUCUUGCUUUCUCGCUCAUGAUGACUGCCCUGUCAUUCGCGGGUGUAUGUAUCAUGCUGCCCGAUGUGGGCACCUUGAGGAAUCCAACAGCUGACUUUAGGCUGACAUUUUGUUGGUCAACCGCUUUCCACCGGCCCUACUACUUUCCUAGUCCAAGGACGUCUUUGCGGCACGCACGCGGCUGUGCGGCAACAGCACGACUGAAUUUGUGAUUGCAUUGCAAAAGCCAUCAAGGAUUCCAAAAACGGGAUAGGUCCCCCGAAGGAAUGCUUUCAGAUCACCGCGCGCUUUCUUUGCGUCUCGUUUGACCUCAAGCUCGCUUGUGUUGCCGUAUAACAAGAGCCGCGCGGCCGGUACGCGCGAGAUCGGUGUUACACUCACAGACAAAGUCAACCUGAUACUAUGCGGAGAAUAGGGAAUGCAAAAUCAUGAAAGAUAAGAGAUGCCAGAAUAAGAUAGACA